GAAGUCCCAAGAAGGAUUACUCAAAGUGAAAACGAAAAACAUUAAAAAUAAAAUUUUGUGAAGUUUUCGCCAGUAAAUUAUCCAAUUUUAGUGUAAAACAAUUGUACUAUCGUCAGAUGUGUCUUUCACUAGUUUCUUUAGUUAAACAACGCCCUUUUGUAAUGAACGAAAUAUCAUAAUCAUUUCAAAAUUUUAUAGAUGAGAUUAUCAAUCUAAGUAUUCUGUUUCGUCGGUAGUUUCCUAAAUAAUUAAUCGAAUUUGCCGCAGACAUCUGAGUUUGUUAUCAAGUUAUUAAGUUUGAAACGAUGCCCCUCUUUGGUAAAUCUCAAAAAGGACCAGCAGAUGUUGUGAAGGCUCUCAAGGAAGCAGUCAAUUCACUGGAAAAAGGUGACAAAAAAGCGGAAAAAGCCCAGGAAGAUGUAUCCAAGAACCUUGUCCUGAUCAAGAACAUGCUGUAUGGUACGUCGGAUGCUGAGCCUCAAGCGGAUAUUAUAGUAGCGCAACUAGCUCAAGAACUCUACAAUAGUAAUUUGUUGUUACUUCUAAUUCAAAAUCUGAACCGAAUUGAUUUCGAGGGCAAAAAAGAUGUAGCCCAAGUGUUUAAUAAUAUAUUAAGAAGACAGAUCGGAACAAGAUCGCCUACGGUAGAAUAUAUUUGUACUAAACCUGAGGUCUUGUUUACCUUAAUGACUGGGUAUGAGCAUCAAGAAAUAGCUUUAAACUGUGGUACUAUGUUACGCGAAUGUGCUAGAUACGAAGCGCUGGCAAAAAUAAUGUUAUACUCAGAUGAUUUUUAUAACUUUUUUCGAUACGUGGAAGUUUCUACUUUUGAUAUAGCUUCGGAUGCGUUUUCUACGUUUAAGGAAUUGUUAACCAGACACAAAAUUUUAUGCGCCGAUUUCUUAGAAAUGAACUACGACAAAGUAUUUAAUCACUAUCAGAGACUUCUCAACUCUGAGAACUACGUCACUCGUCGUCAAAGUCUGAAGCUUCUCGGGGAAUUACUACUCGAUAGACAUAAUUUCACAGUUAUGACCAGGUAUAUAUCGAACCCCGACAACUUGAAAUUAAUGAUGAAUAUGCUUAAGGAGAGGUCUAGAAAUAUUCAAUUUGAAGCUUUCCACGUAUUCAAGGUAUUCGUUGCCAAUCCAAAUAAACCUAAACCAAUUUUAGACAUUUUAUUACGUAAUCAAGAAAAACUCGUAGAAUUUCUUAUGCGGUUCCACACAGACCGAGCCGAAGACGAGCAGUUUAAUGACGAAAAGGCGUAUUUAAUAAGGCAAAUCAAGGAGCUAAAACCAAUACCGGGGCAUUAAAGAUACUGAUACUGUACUAUUUCAAUAUUAUUUUUAAUUGCUACCCAUUUUAAUUUGCAAAAGUCAACUAGAUGUAAUGAAAUUGAGCAAUUGCCCCCACACGUUUAUUACAAUCACAAUUGUUCGGCAUUUUAAAUAAUUUAUCAUUCAAAACUUUUGCUAGCCAUCUCUUAACGAAACUUAAACUUUUCGAUAAGUAUAUUUUAACCAAUCUACGGAAUUUCAAGGGAAUAAUGCACAAAAUGGGGCUUGUUCUGUUUUAAAAAGUUCUAUAACAGUAUAAACGUUACUCAUUUAUGUUUUCCUCUGCAGAAACGUACAAUAAACUUGUAUCUCAGUUUUCAAACCUUUGGCAAUCUUCUAAAAAGGAUAUCACAUUGUUCUACACGUAGAAUAUGUUUGUUAUUAUGCAAUGUUGGGUUGUGAAUGCUUUCGCAGUACUUUGCUUCUAUUUUGUAUUACUGGUUCAAAUGUACACAGUUUGCAGGCUCCUAGAGAUGUUACUGUUGAAAUUUGGUAAACAUUUGAUGUUUUCCUGACCGUUAAAUGGCCUAAUGAUUCCUAUAAAAUAUAAUUGGAUGCAUGUGGGAUGCACCUCCAUUUCGGUAACCUCAACCUAUUUAUAAACAGAUUUUACCAUCGUUCGCAUCUCGUCUGCUUAGUAUCUAGUUAUAAUAAUCGUUUUACUGAACGAUUAGCCUGUCUAUUUCAACGUAAUACUGGAAAACGUUUUAUUAUCUAGGAUCUGGAACAUAUCUAAUUGAAAUUUUAAUAAUAUUUAAUGCUAAAAGUUCUAAUUCUUAGAUUCGUAUCAAAAUUAAUCUUUUUGUCGACCUUUUGAUGGCCUAAUGCUUUCUGUAAAAUAUGAAGUAAUGCAUGAGGGAUGCACCUUUAUCUAGAUAACCUCAAUCUAUUUGUAAGCAGUUUUUAUCAUCUUUUACAUCUCGACUGCUUAGAAUCUGGUGAUAUUGAUCGUUUUACUGAGCGUUUGUAUGUAUUGUAACAUAAUACUGAAAAACGUUCUAUUAUUUAUGAUCUAGAACAUAUAGACGAACCUAUUUGGAAUUUAAGUUAAUUCCAAAUAAUUUGAUUCGAUAUAGUUUCUAAUUUUGACAUUCAUAAAAACAAAACUUGAUCUUUUCGCCAAUUUCGCUAAAAUUGACACUGAAAUUGCCUAAUGGUUUCUAUAAAAUAUAAAAUAUUUCCUCCAUCUAUAAAUAUUUACUCUAUCUCGAAACCUCAAUCUGUUCAUUAAUAGUUUUUAUCUUCAUUCACUGGUAUCUAGUCUGUGUAGAAUGUAGUUAGGUGGAUUGUGUUAUUAAAUGUUUGUACAUUAGUAAUUUAAUCUCCGUAUUCCUAGUAAAAAUUUUAAACGAGCUUUCGGUGGCCUAAUUGUUCCUAUAUAAUAUAAAGCAAACGAUUUCGUAUCGAGUAUUAUAUGAUACAGUACCUCUUCUAGAUACAUUUUUAUAGAUUUCUGCCUCUCCAUACUCCAUGCACUCUUCACUAUAUUGAUAUAUGUGGGAUGUACCUCCAUUCUGAAUGCCUCAAUCCUUUUAUUACUAGUUUUUAUGUGCGUUUAAACUGUGUAUUGUGAAGUAUUACUGUAAAAAAACAUCACGUUUUCAUUUAAAGCAUACAUUAGCAAAAAACAAAAGUAUGAUGUAAUAAAUUGUGUGGGAUAAAAUUGUUUUUACGAGAUGCCAAUUUAUAAAUAUAUUUUACAUACACCAUUUUGGUAUGAAUAGAAACAGAACGUUAGAAAGGCAGCAGAUAAUAGUUAAAGUCCCGAGCUGGCUUAUUUUCUAGUGAAUGGGUAUUUUUAUGAACAUUAAUCAAUAAAAUAUUGUGCGUAUUUCAUUGUUAAUAUUUAAUAUUUGGUAAAUAAUAAAACCAAUAAUAUUUUA